AUGAACACCUGCCAUUAUCACACCAAUGUGCCCUUCAUCAGCAAAGUUGAGUCCGUCUGUCUCACAUUUGGAACCCUGAUAAUUGUCAUAGUGCUCACCGGGGGCUACGCUGUCACACCCAAAAUUGAGUCCUUUGGUGAGCAGGAGUUGCUGUUUGUGGACAGCCAGGCAGCACGCUACAACCGGGUGCUGUACAUCUGCAAGCUGGCAGGGGCUGCUCUCUUCUGCAUCGGGGGGGGGGGCCUAAUGGCCGUCAGGGUGCUGCUGUCCACGUUCACCCCUGGUGAUUCCAAGGAGGAGCAGCACCCUCAGCAACGCUUCUGGGAGAGGCUGGCUGAGCCGCAGGCCAACUCCCAUCCUGUCACCUGGGUGCCUGCCCCCGGGGAGAGGAAGGUCCCCAUCACCCUAUUGAAAGUGCAGAACGUUCAGCCAGCCCCUGAUACCUGA